UUUAAGUUAGAAUGAUCACUGGAGGAGUGUUUUUUAUAUUAGUUUUAGUGAGAGUGCUUUAAUUUAAUUUUUCUGCUACUCAAUGCUUUCAAUUACGUUUAAAUAUCAUUGGCCUAAAGACUUAUGUACAUGAGUCUUGAGUAAUAAUUUUAAGUGCUAAUCCAAUCAUAUUCUUUUGAAAAUUUCAAUUGGCGCCAGGAUUUGUUUAAUAUGAAUACAUUUAAAUCAUUAUGAAUUGACUUUCUUCGCAGAGAAUAGCAGAUAUCAAACGAAAUGGCUCGCGGCAGCAAAUCGAUAUUGGCCGAAGAAAAACAGGAGGAAGAGGACAUGAUAGAAAAAACGAUAGAUUCAUACGGAAAAUGGCAAUUCCAGAUGACAUUUCUUCUAUCAUUGUGCAAUAUCACUUGCACCUGGCAUAUUUUUUCACCUACGUUCCUUUCAAAAGAGAAGGACGUUUGGUGUGCAAGGACAGAACAAUUUAAAGACGUUGAUCCUGUAAUUUGGAGGAAUUACACUCAACCGAAUGGAUACUGUUCCAUGAUAGACAUAGACGCUUUAAACGUUAACAGUCUGGAUGAAAUCAGUUCUUUGCAAAACUACACCCUAAAAACUUGUACUAAUUGGGAAUUCAGCAAUGAAGGAGAGACCGUGAUUUCAGAAUUUUUACUGGUCUGCGACCGGAAGUACCUUAAUAAUCUGGCAGAGGUGACCUUCCUCGCUGGAGUUGCAUUGGGAGGCCUUAUAUGUGGAGUAUUCUCCGAUAAAUAUGGAAGGAAAAGGACGCUUAUGGCCUCUAUACUUAUACAAACUCUAUUAGGGGUAACAAUUGCAGUAAUUCCGGGUUUCAUAAUGUACAUGAUAUUGAGGACAUUUUUGGGUUUUAUAUCAGUAUCCGUAGUGUUUAGUGGAUUUGUAUUGUGUAUUGAGUUAGUUGGAGGUAUGUGGAGGACGAUAUCUGGAACGUCGUUUUUCUUUCCCGUUAGCUUUGGAUACGUUAGUAUUGCGGGCAUUGCAUACUUCUUAAACGAUUGGAGAAAUCUUCAAUUGGCUAUCUCGUUACCAGGUCUCCUACUUCUGAGUUAUUGGUAAGAAUUUUAUCAUCAUUAUUAUUAUUAUCCGUACCAUGCCAAAGUUUUACCCUUAAGUCGUUAAACCUAACGAAACGGGUAUUGAAAACAGUAGGCGACAUGCAGGAGUCUGGAGUUACAGGAUUGAACUUCACGACGAAAAAACAAUUUACCAAUGAUGAAUAUUUGUCCCUCGAGAUGAUUCAUUUGAGAUCAUUGCACAAAUUAGAAGGGAUGUCCCUGAAUACAGUUUCAAUGCGACGAUUUUCCAUUCCUAGCUUUUCCAAUAGGAGGUUUCAAAGUUGACCAAUGAUGAUUUGACGAUUACGGUUAACAAGUAUUUACCUGCGGCUUUACGUGUCAAAAAUCAUCAAAAAUACAAUAAUUUGACAAAUUUGUUCUUAAAUCGUGGCUAGGAUCAUCAGGAUAAAACUAAAGUCUCUAAUUUUAUAGGGGAAACACACACUUUGCGCUCUUUCUCUCGCGAACAGUAUUUUUUUUUUCUAGAUAAAAAUUUGCAUUAGAAUGAUUUUUCUUCUUUCGAGAAAACUCAUUUUAUUUUAAAUAUUUGCAUUUUUAAAAACAGUCAUUUAUAAAAGCGCGGAAUACUACAAACAAUUUGAAUCACCUACAUAAACAUCUAAAAUGGAAUAAAAAAUAACAUUGACCUUUGCGUAUGUUUUUAUACCAUUAUUUAUCAACAACUGCAUUACAAUUAUAAAAUGAUGUGUUUUUAUUAGAGCUAUGAAUAGUGCAAAAUUACGUUCACAUAUUACCUAUAUUUCUAAUUUUAAUUUACUUACUGUAUAUAGUGAAAUAAUGAUAAAUUUAUGGCAUGAUAAAUACAAUUACCAUUAUUACUUGCUUCCAAUGCAGUAAAAUUAAUUAUUGAUUUUGUCUAUAGUUUCGAUCGUCUGCGAUUGUAAAUUCAUUCGCGUCAAGAGAGACAAUAGGUUAUCAAAUUAGUGGUCAUUGUGGCCUUCAUCUUUCUAACAGAAAAGAAACACGUUUUUAGAUGUUAUCAACAAAAGAAUCUUACACGUUUUGCAAAAAUUUAAUU